GCUGCAGCCAUAGACAAACUGGGGGAGGAAGUUUGUGAGUGAUCGAUUUUACACCGGCCUCUACAAAACUUCUCAACGGCAUUUCUCUUUGUUUGCCGUACGCGUGCCUAAUAUCCAAACAAAAGUAUCGAGUUCGAAGAGCAUCCUAAAAAUGGCGAACACGUUUCGCGGUGUGACGGUUUCCGCCGUCAAUAAUGACGGUGCUCUAACUCCGCGCUUCAACUUUCCUACAAACGUAAACGUGGAUUACGACCCGCAAGGUCUAAGUGUAAAAGUGAUACGUGCUGAUCCUGUGCUGGCUCAGGAGGUGCUAGAGUUCCCCGUCCACAGCCAGAGCGAGUGUUCGCGAGUCGCCGGCCAAUCAUAUAUUUUUACUAUAGAUAAUGAGACUUUGUUUUUUAAGUUCGCCUCUGAUGUUGACUGUCAGAACUUCCAUUUGCUUGUUAGUAAAAUCAAAGCUGGUCGAUCAUCAUCUGUGUUUACGGUGCGUACGGAAGACUCAUCGGCGAUGCAAUAUUUUCAGUUUUAUGGUUACUUGAGCCAGCAGCAGAACAUGAUGCAAGACUAUGUGAGAACGAGCACUUAUCAGCGAGCCAUAUUAUCAAAUAUCAAUGACUUCAAAAAUAAGGUAGUUCUAGAUGUCGGUGCUGGUUCUGGUAUCUUAUCCUUCUUCGCGGCGCAGGCGGGCGCUCGUAAGGUUUAUGCAGUCGAAGCUAGCAACAUGGCGCAUCACGCGCAAGCCCUGGUUCGAGCUAACGGCCUGCAUGAUCGCAUCACAGUCGUCGCGGGAAAAAUAGAGGAAAUAGAACUACCGGAAAGCGUAGAUGUUAUUAUUUCUGAACCUAUGGGCUACAUGCUGUAUAAUGAACGUAUGCUAGAAACCUACUUACAUGCUAAGAAAUGGUUAAAACCGAAUGGUAAUAUGUAUCCUACGCGUGGUGAUUUACAUAUAGCACCAUUCACAGAUGAUGCUUUGUUCAUGGAGCAAUAUAACAAGGCAAACUUCUGGUACCAAGCGUGUUUCCAUGGAGUCGAUCUCAGUGCAUUACGCACAGCUGCAAUGAAGGAAUACUUCAGACAACCCAUUGUUGAUACGUUUGAUGUACGUAUAUGUAUGUCGCGAUCGGUGAGACAUGUUGUAGACUUUUUAAAUGCCAAUGAAACUGACUUACAUCGCAUCGAAGUGCCAUUCAGAUUUGAAUUAACUCAAUCUGGAACUUGCCAUGGUCUUGCAUUCUGGUUUGAUGUGCUAUUUGCAGGCACCACUCAGCAUAUAUGGUUGUCUACAGCACCGACAGAGCCACUUACUCAUUGGUAUCAAGUGAGAUGCCUUCUAGAGACACCAAUUUUCGCAAAACAAGGCCAAGUUCUCACAGGGCGUGUGCUUUUAUUAGCUAAUAAGAGACAGAGUUAUGAUGUUACAAUGGACAUAAAUUUGGAGGGAACAAAUAUUUCCUCUUCAAACACAUUAGACUUAAAGAAUCCCUACUUCAGAUAUACAGGUGCACCUGCUGCUCCACCACCAGGAGUUAAUACAACAUCCCCGAGUGAGUCAUACUGGAACUCUAUUGAGUCAGCUGGAUCUUUAAGCAAUGGUCAGGGUGUUAUCUUAACUGAUGGUACACAGCAGUACUGUUCCACACCUGACCAGACCAUUGCAUAUGGAGCCCACCCCAACAUGAUUAAAACAGUGAUGCUUCAAGAGGAAUUCAUAAAGAGGAUCGGGAUUAGUCAAAACGGCGAUAUAUAAUCCGCAAAGUCGCGCCGUGCGCGCCUUAGGGCUAUAAGGAACCGUCGCAAUCGGUUGUGAACAAUCUUCCGUUCAAACUUUAUAGUGUGUAAGCAGACUUAUUUAUUAAUACAUCACAGUGGACUACUGUAAAAUCGUGUAAUUGAUACAACAUUGACAAGGCAGCUUGCCUUAAUAAAUCAGUUAGGUGUAUGCUAAGUAUAAAUGAUGCAUUCAAAACUUGUACGUGUAGUUUCUGAAUUGCAUUUUCGAUAAUGUAAGAAGCAGUCAAACGUUAUAGCACCUUGUGGUGUAAAUUUUCUUCUCAGUUUGUAUGACGCUUACUAGUGUAAUUUGGAUACAGCUCCUAAAAUAUUUUUUUUUUUUUUGUAAAUAUGUCCUACACCCAGUUUGACAUGGCGAAAAUUGGCCAAAUACAUUACAACUGCUCGAGCAACGGCUCUGUAGUUAGUUUAAGUAAUUUAGAUGUUUAAGUACACUUAGAAUAAGCAAUAAAUGCUAAUGAUGAUGCUUAAUGAUAUAAAUACUCAUUAAACAUUAUUGCAAUUGUAUUGAACUCAAUCAUAUGUGAAUCAACCAGUGAUUUUUGUAUGUGACAAACAGGAUUAUGUUUUUUAUAAAAUUAUUUCUGUCUGCCAAUCGGGGAAAGGGAUUGUGGAUUAUAUGAAACAGUAGAAUGAUUAUGUUUUCGCAUAUUUUUAAUGUUCAAUUUAGAUUUGUUUAUUUUUAAACUAUUACAAUAUUGAUGAAUAAUUUAUUCUUUUAUAUUAUUCACUGUCAGAAAUUAGUCUUCAAUGAUAUGUAUUUAUAAGGCUAAUAUUUAUGUAUAUUGUGUUAAUUAAUAAUCAAAAAUGUUGUCUGAAACGACUUAAUAUCAUAUUUGUAUAGGUUCGACAUCAACAUUACGAUCGUAAAUUUAGUUUUAAAAAAUUCAAAUCUGAAUUGAAUUAUUUCUUCAAAUAUGUUUUAUGUAAAUAUUAAGAUAGGUUACUUAGGAGUGCUAAAUGUUUUGACUUCUACAAAGCCAGUUGUAUGUCACAGCGAUCAGUAUUCAUUUUAUGUUCCAUAUUUGUAGAUAUAGCAAUCGGAGACUCACAUGCUAUAAAUAUGAAAGUCUUUUUUGCACUUGAAUGUUUAUACUAGUGUUGUAUUAAAUCUGUCUAAAUUUAAAGACAGGUAAUUAUUGAUUAAUGUAUGUCUGAAAUUAUAAAUCGAUAUAAAUAUUGGCUAUGUAAAAUCAGUUUGAAAUUUAGUCAUUUUAAGUCUAAGGAAUGGAAUCGAUCUAUAGCCCGUCGAAUUGAUCUUUAUAAUAAAUUUUAAUAUUUGACUAUAAAGAUAUACUUGCCCAGAGAGAAUGUUGUGACAUUCUCUACAAUUUUUAUUAUUCAUAUCUGAUACCAGUAGUAAUAAUAAUUGUAAGGAGCAAUGAGCAAUGAGUUAUCUUAAAAGAACCAAAAAUUAAAUAUUUUGGAAAUAAGACAUGGGUUGGUACAUUUUGGCCGUAGGUUCAAUUACAAAAUCCAUUAUUGAUAUGCAACAAUUUCAAUGUAUUUAAUCUGUAUUUACUUAUAAUUUCCAAUAUAUACUGAGAUUUCUGGAACAAGUGCAGACAUUCAAACAUUCAUUACUUAUAUAUAGUUUCUUAAACACAACUACCUCAAAUAUUGGCAGACGAAUCUGAAUUAAUUACGAUACAGCAGGAUUUUAAUUCCAUGACAAAGAAGGUUGCCAAGUAUAACCUUGAUGUAUCAAAAAAUUUGGCACGUAGGAAAAUGGAUAGUUUAAAAAUCUUUGGUGGAAAUAAUUGGAUAAGCAAUAUGUUUGGAUUCUAAUUAAUAAACAAAUUUUGUCACAAA